CACUUUCUUCUCUUCCUGCACACAGCAAGAACUUGUGUAGAAGAGAGAUAACGUGGGACAGACAGUCAGUCAGAGACAGCCUGACCUGGUGUGAGAAUGCCCACGUAUGCCACCAAUAUGAGGCUGAAAUUUCCCAUCGUGGCCUUGGUUCUGGAGAUUAUCACCAUAAUUCUGUUUGCUGUCUUUGUCGUCUACGAUGACGGAAAGGGACAUGGACAUGGACACUCAAAUGAGACUCAUCCUGAAGAGAAUCCUAUGACCCUUUACCCCAUGUUCCAGGAUGUUCACGUAAUGAUCUUCAUUGGCUUUGGCUUCCUGAUGACCUUCCUGAAGAGAUAUGGCUUCAGCAGCGUUGGGGUCAACUUACUCCUCGCUGCCUUCGGCCUGCAGUGGGGCCUCUUCAUGCAGGGCAUUUGGCACCUGGACGACGGCAAAGUCAAAGUCAACAUAUUCAAGAUAAUCAACGCAGACUUCAGCACUGCAACAGUCCUGAUUUCUUUUGGAGCAGUUCUGGGUAAAACCAGCCCUGUGCAGCUCCUCAUCAUGACCAUACUAGAGAUCACCAUCUUUUCCAUUAAUGAGCAUUUGGUGGCCAACGUGUUAAAUGCUCAUGAUGUUGGAGCGUCCAUGAUCAUUCAUGCGUAUGGAGCCUACUUUGGCCUGGCCGUUUCUCGAGUGUUAUACCGACCAGCUUUAAGAAAUGGCGACAAGAACGAGGGAUCUGUUUAUCAUUCCGAUAUGUUUGCUAUGAUUGGAACAGUCUUCCUGUGGAUGUUCUGGCCCAGUUUUAACUCGGCCAUCGCUGACCCGGGCCUCACUCAGCUCACAGCGGUGAUCAACACCUAUCUGUCCCUGGCUGCCUGCGUGCUCUCGGCUUAUGCCAUCUCCAGCUUGGUGGAGCACAAAGGAAAACUGGACAUGGUUCAUGUUCAGAAUGCUACUCUGGCUGGAGGCGUUGCCGUGGGAACCUGUGCUGACAUGGACAUCGGCCCAUAUGGGGCGAUGUUGAUUGGAUUAUUGGCGGGCAUCAUCUCAACCCUUGGAUUCAAAUACUUAAAUCCCAUCCUGGCUUCCAGCCUGGGUAUCCAUGAUACCUGUGGAGUCCACAAUCUACAUGGCAUGCCAGGCAUCCUGGGAGGAUUGGCAGGCAUUGUAGCUGUGGCUUUAGGCAAAAAGAAUGGUCAGGCAGCCAUGCAGGCUGCUGCUCUGGCUUCAUCACUUGGUUUCGCUUUGGUUGGAGGGCUUAUAAUGAAGUUGCCAUUCUUUGGACAGCCUCCAGACCAGAACUGCUUUGACGAUUCCAUUUAUUGGGAGGUUCCUGAAGAUGAAAGUGAGAAUGAGGGGAACUUGGCUCACCUCGAUCACUCGACAAACAAAGCUGAGGCUUAA